AUGGCCGGCGAUGCGUUCUUCCUCAAGAAGAAGUCUCGCCCACGCCAGCUUGGCGCGGCCAAACCCGGUGCUGGCGCCGGUCCGUCUCGCCCCGUUCGCCCACGACCUGCGACGCGCCCGCCCGCGAAGCUAGUCGGCCUCGCGGCCGCCAAGGCCAAACAAGAGGAAGAGGCCAAGGCCGUCAAGGCCGAGAACGUCGUCGAGAUUCAGAUCGUGUCCGCGGAGCCGGGAUCGGGGUUGCGCUACAACCUGAUGAAGAUGAACAUGCUCCGAGAUGUCGACCCAUCCCAGAUUGCGUCGCCAAUGUUGCUCAACCGCAAACAGCCAGGACCGAAGGCACCACCGCAAUUUGCGCACGACGCCGAGGGCAAGAUCAUUGGCCGUUACGUCUAUGAUGAGAACGGAAAGCCUGUCCUAGACGACGAGGGCAAGCCGAAGAUCGAGAUCAAGCAGGAGAUGGACAUGUCCCUUGUCGGUACUGCGCCUGGCCAGACCAACAAGCGCCGGGGGAAGCGCAACACCAAAGAGGUCUUCCAUCAAGAUCUCGAGGUCAUCAAGCUCCGACGUGAGGAGGCAAACCCUUGGGUCUUAGAGGCGAAGAACCCCACCGAGGGAUCGGAGCUGCCAGAGUUCUGGGUCGGACGGAUGCAGGAGCCGUCGACGCUCCCAACGGUUCUGCUAGUGAACGAGGGCGAGGGCGCGACCUUCACAAUGGUCCCUAUGGGGCGAACGUACCGAUUCGACCCGCAACGGCGGUUCAAGAUGCUUGACCCGGAUCAGGCAAAUCGAUACUUCGAACUUCAGGACAAGCAUCACGUUCAUGACCGAUGGGGACUGCGCACCGAUGACACUGGCAACCUUAAGGUUGACGAGCAAAACUUCAUCAAGAACAGUAACCGCGUAAAGCGCUUCGAGGCCAAGGUGGAGGAGGUUCUCAGUUUGCCUGGCGAGGAGAUGAAGCCCUCCUUGCGGGCUAGGAGCCAACCGAAGGCGGCCAAGGGCUAUUACGACUCCUCCUACUUUGAUGAUUACAAGGCGGAGAACCGCCAGAUGGGUCGAGCACUGGAAGGCGGUUUCGACGAAGAGCUCGACUACGACGUGAACGAGGACUUCCAGGACGACGAAGACUCGAACACAUUCUAUGUCAACCGCGAAGAGGAAGAAGAGAAGAAGCUCCAGGAGGAGCGACAAAAGGAGGAGUACAAGCUCGCGAACCGCAACGUCGGCGACCGUCCCCAGUUGGAGGAGAAUUCGGACGAUGAUGACGAGGAGGACCCUUUCGCACUCACAAGCGAGGGUCGCCGCCUGCGCCGCAUGAUGCGGAAGCGAGGUGAGGAAGAGCGAGACCUCUACGGAUCCGACUCGGACGACGACUCGGACAGCGAGCUUGAGGAGCUUGAGCGCGAUAGGGAGCGGGAGAAGGAGAAGGAGAAAGAAAAGGAGAAGGAGGAGCGCAACGGUUCCCGCGCUGGCUCUGCUCAGCCAGGCGAGCGUUCCAGUAACUCUCCGAACAAGAAGGCCAUGCCCAAGGCGGGUGCCGGUGCCGCUUUAUUAGCGAAGCGCGCGGCGUCGCGCGGUGCAUCACCGUCGGUGCGCUCGCGUGCCGGCUCGCCCUUAGCUCGCGGCUCUUCUCCCGACGGCCGUGCCAGCUCCCCUGUCGGCCGCGCUGGCUCCCCUGCUGCUCGGGCCGGGUCUCCUGCAGCUCGGGCUGGAUCUCCUGCCGCUCGUGCCGGGUCUCCCGCGGUGCACGGCAAGCGCAAGGCGACCGAGUCACCCAUGCGCGACACUCCGCCUUCGACCGGCGAGGACGGGCAACAGAAGAAGAAGAAGAAGUCGAACCGUGGCUCGGCGACUCCAGUGCCCGAGUACGAGCCUUUCCCUGAUAUGCUGACGCGUGAGGAGGUGAUCCGGUGGUUCAAGCCGCGCGGUUCGGUUCACAUGAAGGAUGCUGUCAACGCGUUCAUCCCGCGCAUCAAGAGGGGCGCGCAUGACGUCCAGCAGAAGAACCAGAGCCUUCUCCUCUACUACAUUAGGCAGAUGACGAUGGCGACGGAUCCUGGUCAGGGCAAGAACAAGAAGCUUCAGCUCAGGCCAGAGUACAACGUGUAG